CGGGAGAGUCAGUCAGUUGAGUGACAACGGCGAGAGAGCGCGUGUCUGUUUUACAUAAACAUUACGCCGUGGAAAUUAAUUUUCUUCAUUUUCGUUGUUUGUAUUUACUCUGCGCGCAACUGGAAACUCAUUUAUUUAUCUAGUCUUGUUUAAAUAAUAAAUAAAAUAGCGUUUUAAUUAAAUUUUCUUUAUUGUUUUGAUUGUGUGAAAAAUUCUUUCUAUUUUUAUUAUUGUUUCUUAUUUUGUUUGAGAAACGAGUGCAGAAUAAAAUUUUAUAAUUAAAUUCAUGAACAGUUUGUUGAGGUUUUUCUAAUUGAAUGGGGCAAAUCUGAAUUGCGAAGUUCUCAUAGGGUUGCCAGCAAUUGUCUCUACUUUCGGCACAGCAUCAUCAUCUUUAGCACGAAAUGGAGGUAGGCGUCCGGAUAGUAGGAAUAGUCCUGAGGGUGCUGAACUUCCUCCUCGCGCCGCUGUUCUGGCUGCACUGGCGCAAGCAGGACCCCCUGCGCGUGCCCCCCAUACAGAACCCGGUGCUGCUGCAGAGCGCGUCCGAGCUCGCCGAAGCCAUCCGCUCUGGGAAGUUGACCAGUGAAGAAGUGGUCACAACCUUCAUAUCGCGGAUACACGAGGUGAACCCCCACAUCAACGCCGUGGUGCAGGACCUCAUGUGCACGGCGGUGUACCGCGCGCGGGAGGCCGACUUGCUACUGCGGGAAGUCAGGCUCAGGGGCGAAAUAGAUGAGCUCAUAGUCACUAAGCCACUCCUAGGUGUUCCAUUCACUAUUAAAGAAAGCUGUUCUCUGAAAAGUAUGUCGAACUCGGUGGGCUGCCUGGAGCACCGCGGGCGCACGGCGCGAGAGGACGGGCGCGCGGUGCAGCUGGUGACGGAGGCGGGCGCCAUCCCGCUGCUCAUCUCCAACACGCCGGAGCUGUGCCUCGGCUGGGAGACCACCAACCUGCUGCACGGCGCCACCAACAACCCCUACCGCCUCAGCACCACCCCGGGCGGCUCCUCGGGGGGAGAGGCCGCGCUGCUGGCGAGCGGCGCGUCGGCGCUGUCGGUGUCGUCCGACAUCGCGGGCUCCAUCCGCAUCCCGGCGGCCUACUGCGGCGUGUUCGGCCACAAGCCCACGCCGGGAAUAAUAUCAAUCGAAGGCCACGUCCCGACGCUGACUGACGAAAACUACCCAAAGUUCCUAACGGUGGGCCCCAUGACGCGCUACGCGGAGGACCUGCCGCUGCUGCUGUCGGUGAUGGCGGGGCAGCAGGCGCACCGGCUCGAGCUGCAGCGGCCCGUGGCCGUCGACCGGUUGAGGAUAUACCACAUGACGGAGGCCACCAAGUCGAUAGCGUUGCUGAGCGUGCACCCCGCCAUACAGCAGGCCGUGCUGAAGGCCACCGACUACCUGCACAACAAGUGCGGGGCCACGCUCUGCGCGGAGAAGUUCAAGGAGCUGGAGGAGUCUGUGGAGAUGUCGGUGUCGGUGUUCUUUGCCAUGAAGGACAUCCCCAACAUGCUGCAGGACCCACUCAACCCUAAGCACGAGAAAAGUUUGCUGAUGGAGAUAAUAAAGUACUUCACCGGCAACGGCUCGCGCUCACUGCAGGCGCUGGGCUUCGCGCUGUUGCGCAGCAAGCUGCUGUUCAUACCGCGGCGCCGCCUGGCCCACCACAGGGAGCGAGCGCGCCGCCUGCGGACUAUCAUGAUGGAGAAGCUAGGCACAGACGGCGUCCUGCUGUACCCGGUGCACAACUCGCUGGCGCACUACCACAACCAGGUGUUCCUGCGCGCCUCGGGCGUCAUGUACUCCAUGCUGUUCAACGUGCUCGGCUUCCCCGCCACCGUGGUGCCCAUGGGCCUGCACGACGGGCUGCCCGUCGCCAUACAGGUGAUCGCCGCUCCAUAUCAAGACAGACUUUGCCUAGCGGUUGCGAAACAACUGGAAGAGCGGUUCGGUGGUUGGCAACCGAUAGUAUAAACCAAUGCAACCAUUGAUUACUACAUAAAUAUAAUAUUAACUAAUAUUUGUCAGUCUGAGUGUAAUGAAAGUGAUUUUCGAAGAAUUUACAAUCUGACUUCAUGAGAUUGCAGCUUUUGAUGUCAUUGUUUGGAAUAACUGAAUUUGUAUACUAUUACUGAUUACGUGAACCAGUGGCGUGCAGUUUCGGUCAGGGUAGGCACUUGGUAGGUAUUUCUUCAAGAAUAUUUUGAAAAUUAUGGAAUAGCCAGUGCCUUUAUGUGUGUAUGGGUAGCCCGCCACUGUCUUGAAUGUAUAGAGACGAAUUAUUUAGUUCCUGAGCUAAAUGUUACAGUUCAAAGUUCGAGUCCUGGGUCGGACAAAAAACAAGCGUUUGAAUCCCAGCGGCUCAUGAGUUGGAAUGAUAUCCGAUAGGUUCCAGGUUCCAUUGUACUAAUUUUGUAUUUGUUCCCAUAAAAUCUUUUCGUUUAGUUGAAAAGUAAAAGGGAAAAUUAGGCAUGUAAAAAACUUGGCUAUUAUUCGACUUAGAGUAAAACCAAUAAUUGUUUUAUAUUAUAUUUGUUGAAGAUGUUAUGGCUGUGUAGACACGUGCGAUUGUGUGUAAAACUGAACGUCAGAAAAACAGAAACAUGUUUAUAAAUAUAUCUGUCUGUGCGUGUUUGCAUAACAACGGUUUUCGGUAAACUGGUUUCGAUGUCACACGCCUCUGUAUCACUAAAUAAUUUAACAUUGCGUUUCUGUUGUGCUUUCGGUCCUUUAGUUUACACACACAAACGCGUGUGUGCUGUCAUACAACCAAAGCCAAAAAUAUCAACUUAUGAUAGGUCACUUGAUCUUUAUACAUAUUUCAUAUUGAUUCUAUUUCUACAAUCGCUAACGCUUUAAAAACUAAAAAAAGUGGAUAGAAGCAGGCGUUUCAUAUAUAAUAUUUUGCUAUAAUUGACUUUGCAUUUGCACGUUGUAGAGUGAACAUCUCCGGUUUUGGGGUGAAACGUACGUAGAGCAAAAUAAAAUUUUUUUUAUCUAAAAAGUGUGUGCCAGCCCCGACGCACGAAUGGCAUGCAUACACUAUGUACGUUUCAAUACCUUCGCCUGAAAAGUGAAAGGUGCGCAAGGAGACCGAGGAGCAGCAGGCCGCGGCGUGCGCGCCCGCGCAUGUGUUGGUGGCAGAGUAGGUUGCGCACUAAAACAUAACGCUAUAUAAUUUUUUCAUAUCGAGGACUAUAUAUGAAAAAUCGAUUCUUAAGGAGUAAACUCCAAAAAUAUAUGUAAAUGACAUUUUUUAUUUUUUGCAGCGUUAGCGUUUUUAGAAAUAGAAUCGAUAGCAUGGCUAUAGACUGGUGCACUCGUAUCACGAAGGCAACACAAAGUGUCGAACUCAACAAACCACAUGUAUGGCGUGGUUGUUUUUAUACGUUUUAACUAUGGUGUAGAAAAUAAAAAGAGGUGGAUACAGUGAAUGUUUUUCGGAUUUCAAUAUAUAUUAGAUAUCGGAUUCCGUUUUUUUCUUUUUGAGACGCGGAACGGAACCCUGAAAAUGUUUCCUUUGUUGACUACAGCGAGUCCUUUUUUCCAAAUGCAAGGGCCGUUUCAAACGUGUUUUUAAUACAAUAUCAGCUUUUUCUUUUAUGAUAAAACAUAUUUUUCUUUCUACAAAGAAAUCUUUAGUAAAAAUUAAAAAAAAAAUCCCAUGUCUCGGAGAGCACGUGAAGCCGUCGGCGCGAACAUCAUCAUUAACAUCUGAUAGUUAUUACUCUUGUGUCCGCCAAUCCGCGUUGGAACAGUAUUUUGGGUAUAAGCUCCAUUUCCCCUCUUCUAUAAGCAUGCUGAUGAUGAUCCGGCUCGAAGGACCAGAAAUGUUGGUUAUAUCGGAGGACUACAGAUUGAUAAUUAUCGAAGAAUGAUGAUGAUGUACGUUGCCUCUUUUCAUUUGCUACAUCAUUGUAUUUUAAUACUAACAUUGUACUCUAUUAAUGAUAAGUAUUGUUAAGAUUUGCGAUACUCUUACUGUUAAGAGUAAUUAAUCGUGAAAUCCUACACUUUACCCGACUGCGGUGAGAUUGGUGUUUGUGUGUACUCUGUGUGUGUCACUUGAUUCAUUUCAUUUGAUAUUGUAUUACACGUAGACAAAGAAAGUAAUAGACGAACAGAUAGUGUCUGUCGUAUUCCCUAAAAAAAGAGAAUAGCUUAUGCCAGUUACGUCAAUAUCAAGCGUGCGUAUCUCGGGUAGAGAAAAAGACAGACGGCGACUCGUGAAGAGAAGAUAUUCGCGACCAAUGGCGGCUUUUGUUGUGGUUGAAUGACGAGCUACUGUUAGGAGACAAUGCAAUUCGAUAUUGAAGCGUGCGCGUGUCUUUUAUUUAGACUCAAGAAUAGUUCAAACAAGUUGUCAUUCGAAGGUAGAUAUUAUAAAGCUAUUAUUACAAAAAUAUAAAAUUAACGUAGGUAGUAUGAACACAAAAUUACAUCCUCAACUUUUAGUAAAAAUAACCCGUUAGCUUAAAUUAUAUUGGUGAAAAAAAUGCUUCAGUGUAGUGUUCUCGUCGUGGCCUCGUAGUAUUCUCUCGCAGUAAGUUGAUCUAUUUUUAAGUGAAUGCGAUGGAUGCCUUCUAUCUGUCUGUUUGCUUCUCUGUCUACGUUCUACUCGAACUAACCAGUCCUGUUUUGUAGAGUCGUUACAUUUUCUUUUUUACAUCAUAGUAAAUUUAAAUGCUAUGAGGGCUCUAAAUACACCUAGUCUGAGAAGACCUAAACAAACUAGGCCAAGUAUUAUUUUUUUUACCAUCAUUCUACAUGGAUUUUUUCUUGUAGCAAAUAAGCAACAUAGUACUUUGGUUUUUAACGUUAAUACAAUUUCCUUCAAUAGUGGGAGGCCAUUUACAAACGUAAUAAUAAUAAACUCGAUGGAUACAGUUUGGUAUUGCAGCUACAUAUCUGUCAUAAAUAUCCAAAAUUUAGUUAAACCACUUGAUAAGUAAAGGAUCAAAAUCCAUAAUAAUAAAAUAUACAUAAACACAUAAAUGUACGUUAGAUAACGAUAAAAAAAUGUGAAAAAAUUCACUACUAUUGUGAAUUUAAGUCAUCUUUACAUUUUAUUAUUAUGGAUAAAAAUCACGUUAUUUUUAAUCCUUAAAAAAAUCGAUUGUCUGUAAAGUCGGUUUACUGACGAUAGUUGAACGUGACAACUUAUUAAGAAAAUACUGAUGGAAUGGUUGCAUUUUUCAAAAGAAAAUGUCCGUUUUUCUAAAAUCCUGAAAAAAGACCAGAAUAUACUUUACUUCUUGUAAAAAAAAGUUGGCAACCCUAGAGCGAGGGAACGACGCAUGAUGUCAUCUUUUUUCGAGUGUGCAGCCAGCUCCAUCGAAUCAUAAGACGUUGUCACGUCAAAAAGAUCACAAAUUAGUUAACAGAAGACUGACGCAUCGCGUGUGGUACUUCACCCACAAAUAUUUUUCUUACAAUUAGGUCUAAACGAAGUUUCUAUCCAGGAAUCUAAUUCCAGAAAACUGAUAGUCUAUUUACUUUUUUUUUAAAAAGAAAAAAAUCUUUCUAUUGUUUAAAAUAUAAAUUCUAUUCUUGUAAAUAUUCCUCUAGAUGUUAAUGUAAAAUUAUUUUCUUACCCUUUACCUCUAAAUGUGUUAUUUAUGGUGUAUAAACUGUUUUAUGAAGCUAUUUUAAAAUUGACUGCAAAUUCUUCAUAAAUAAUCGAAUUUUAAAUUUUUUGUUACAAUUAUUGUGUAAAAUGAGCAAAUUUUUAGAUCAAAAUAUGUUAGAAUUAAAGGUAUGUCAGUGUUUUAAAAUAACUUCAUAUAAAUCCUCUAAGGUUCUAUCUAAAUACCCAAAAAAGGUUUUACAUAACUGGUAGGUUGGGGAAAAAUUUGUUGAUGUAAAAUUUUUUUUAACUUGGUAUAUUGGGAGGACCUUAGACUUCUCUUCGGUCUGAAUGUGCUGUGAACUUAACUUUAACAUUUUUAAAUGUAUUUGUAAUGAAUGUAUUACACAGUAAAAUAUACCUUAUAAAGAA